AUGGACAAGAACACUCUGAUCACACUCGACGACUUCGAAAAAGACAUUUUGUGGCCCGAACGGCGUCACGGCGUCGGCAUGCCUAAGCCAUCGCGGAGGAUGACAGCCAUCAUGACAGAAGCGGUAAAUAAACUCUUCUACACCGCGGUCGGGACAAUGCGCACAAACGUCAAUGAGCGUGAAAUUACGAAUGUUCUAGUCAAAGAUGUCAUCAACAAAGUGGCCCUACCCAAUAACCUUCGUGCGGCACUUCUACUAAAGAGGAAUAGCGCGAAAGACCGCACAAAGCCCAACACUGGCGUUGCUUUGUAUUCGAGCGAGGUGCUCCCACAGAAUGGACGCCCAGACUGGAUUCACCUCCGGCUCUUCAUCGAAUUCAAGCCGGGAGGCACUCGUAAUGAUCCGUUUGAUCACAAGAUUAAUCCUCCGCAGGAAUGCGUAAAGUCGCAGCAGGAUGUACGUGAACAGCUUCUCGCGUACGCCUCCGAGACCUUCCAGCAUCAGCACCGUACUGCGCUGUUUUCCCUCCUGAUCAACGGAGAUGAGUUCAGGGCAAUGUACUGGGAUCGCUCAGGGCUCAUAGUGAGCGAAGCGACGAACUACGCAGAGGAUCCGAGCUCGCUCCUCCGGUUUCUCUGGGCAUUUGCGAGUCUGUCGGGCGAACAGCAAGGCAUCGAUCCCACCGCCACGUUGCUCUUGCCAACCUCUGACGACUACAAGCUCAUGGACGCAUGGGCGAUCGCGAAUCCAGCGCUCGACAUGCCCUUCCACGAGCACGCCGAUGUCACCGAUUUCCCCGACACCGUGUCUGCUGCUUCCCUCGGUCCGGCGGCGAGCACCCGGCAGAAAAGCAAGCAGCCGACCCAUCCCGUCUUCAAAUUCGUCCGUGACCUGUUCCGAGACUAUCUGGUCAAGGGAUGGCCGCGGUACAAGCUUUCCAUUGGCGAGAGUCCGGGAAGGCGCGAGUUCCUAGUCGCCAAACCGGUCUUCAUGUCGAAGUCGAUGUUUGGCCGAGGAACGCGGGGGUAUAUCGCCUGUGACAUUGAGACCAACCAGUUCGUAUGGCUGAAGGACUCCUGGAGGCCGUUCUAUCAGGGCGUGGAACCGGAAGGCAACUAUCUCGAGACGAUGGCAACAAAGCCCGAUCUCAGACUGACGGUCCCUACCGUCGUUGCACAUGGAGAUGUGCUCCAGCAAACCACCUCCGUCGUGGAGUACUACAAGGCCGACCAGUCGCAGUCCACGACACCUUCCGCCGACGUCCAGCCCGCCGACAUCCAAUCCGCCGAGGUUCAUUCCGUCGAGUCGGCGCGCGGAAAGAAGCGCCCCAGGGAAGAAGAGGAAGCGGCUGAGGAGUCCGAUGAGCCGGAGGAGUCUCGAACGUUCAUUCAUUAUCGUCUCGCUGUCAACGAAGUCUGCCUACCCAUGGAAAGCUUCACGCGCGGCAAACAACUGGUCCGGCUGAUACUGGAUUGCAUCUACACGCAUUCCGAUGCUUACGUCCACUUUGAUCUGCUACAUCGUGAUAUCAGUACUGGGAAUAUGCUUAUCAAGCCCUGUAUCGAGGAGGGCCUUGCGAAGUAUGUGCCCAAAGACAAGUCGCGGCAGCGGGCCAGGCAGCCGGAACGGACGGGGACUUGGCAGUUCAUGUCUGUGGCAUAUGUCAGGAACCCUCGGCGCCCUGUCGGGGUCGCAGAUGAACUCGAGUCAUUCUUUCACGCCCUCCUCCACCAUGGAGUCCGCUAUCUUCGACAUACCUUCUGCAAAAGGGUCACCCCUUUCCUCAUCGACUACUUCGACACCUUUGAGCAGGUCGACGAAAACGAAACCCGGUGCAGCAGCACCAAGAUACGGGCAGUGACCGAUGGUGGAAUCUACGACGACAACAAACUCCUCAAAUUCGAGUGCGCGCCGGGCGAUCCGCAGCAUCCUCUCAAUGAGCUCCUCAAAGAGUGGCUGGUGCUAUUCACCGCCCGUUACGGCAUCUUUGCGCAGCAAUAUGACGAGCUCGCCGAGUCUCAGGCCGCAGCGAACCAUUUGGCGGGUGCCUCUUCCCGUGCGCAGAAGAAUAUUCCGGGUCGCCGUGCGUUUCCCGCGGGGGAAUUUGCCAAAAGCUCCCGGAAAAGACCCAAUCGUGUUAGGUUAACGCCCGACGAUGCUGCAGCUGCUAAGGCCACAGCGGAGAUGAAGGAACUUGCGGCGAAACUGGAAGAACACUCCGAGACCAUCGACAUCUUCGAGGAUCAUCUUGGCGCGGAUUCGGACAGCGACGACGACGGAGAAGGCGGAGAAGAGGAAAAAGAAGAGGAAGAAAAAUCCCUAUGGCCCACCGAUGAUGUCGUCCCCGACCAGCUCAAGAGCACCUACAACCCCAAGAAGCAACUCGCUGCCGCGAAGUCAGGAAUGAUGACCAAUCUCACCACCGGGCGAGUCUCAACGUCGUCGAAGAGGCCUCGGACCGAUGCCAGCGUCGAUACUGCCUCCGGCUCGGUGCCCGCGACCAACGCGCCGCAAUCUCCUUCCAAUAGGCCGCUCGCAUGGCCGCUCGUCAGAUUUCGCCGUUAG